CUUCAUUUUGGAUAGUAAUAUAAUUUUUCGCUCAUAAAGUAAAUGAUGGAGCAUUAAUGAUAAAAUCAAUGUUUCAUAAGCAGAAGAAGUUUUGUUGUUGAUUUAAAUGAUAACCAAUCAAUCAAUAUCCUUUUUCUUACGUUUAUUUGUCACCGUAUGACAUGUUUGUAUUCCAAUUUUUUCAGAUAUUAUUUCAUUUAUCAAAGACUAAGUAAUGAAAUGGAAAUUCAGAAGAAAACUUAGUGAAGUUAAAUAAUGCACCCUUCAAUAAAAGACUGGCGCCAAGCCGUUCGAAUGCCAACAGCAUACAGAGUGGGAAAUUCCACUCUGCGAAUACAAACUCAAUUUGUAGUUGGGGUAGCUAUAAUUGGUGUUUCUUUCUUAAUACUCUUGUAUGCCAUUUUACCUUAUACCAGGCAUCGACAAAUGGUCAGUGAUAUUCAUCAUCAUGAUGAACAUGGCCACCUGCAUGUAACUGAAGUCAAGCCAAAAUGUUGGUCAUAUAAUUCAACUUACCCAUUGACUAACCCUUCAACAACACCUAAAGGAAUUCGUUACAGAAUAGCAAUAAUUUCAGAUUUAGACACUGAUUCUAAAGAUAAGCAAAAAAAUUACACUUGGACAAGUUAUUUAAAAAGAGGAUUUUUAACUAUAGACACAUCAAGAAAGUAUGUCAGUGUUGAAUGGGAUCCAGAGCCUGUUAUUUUGAAGUCUACUCUGUCAGAAAAUGGUCGGGGUAUGGAGCUUUCAGAAUUGGUUGUUUUUAACGGCAAAGUACUCGCUUUUGAUGAUCGUACUGGUAUCAUUUAUGAGCUAAAAGAAAACAAGGCUAUUCCAUGGAUACUACUUACGGAUGGGAAUGGGAAGAUUCCGAAAGGCUUCAAAUGUGAAUGGGCCACUGUGAAAAAUCAACAUCUCUAUGUGGGAGGACUGGGAAAAGAAUGGACUUCAUCUAAAGGAAAGCUACUUAAUUUCAAUCCCCAAUGGGUAAAAGUUAUUUCACCACUUGGUGAAGUUGAACAUAAAGAUUGGAGAAAUAACUACCUAAGUCUUCGAAGAUCAGCAAACAUAGAAUUUCCUGGUUAUAUGAUUCAUGAAGCCGCAGCAUGGAGUGAAAUUCAUAAACAUUGGUUUUUCCUGCCAAGAAGAUCCAGCCCUACCAUCUACAAUGACAAAGAAGAUGAAAAGAAAGGUACCAACUUACUCUUGAAAGCCAAUGAGGACUUUACUCAAAUCUCCCUAAGCACAAUUGGACCUCUCAUACCAACACAUGGAUUUUCUUCUUUCAAGUUUAUACCUGGUACUUCUGAUUCUGUUAUAAUUGCUUUAAAAACAGAAGAAAAUGAAGGACAGAUUGCCACUUUCAUUACAGCUUUUACGUUGGAUGGAGAAAUAUGGAUGCCUGAGACUGAGAUUAGUAAAUAUAAAUUUGAAGGCAUAGAAUUUAUUUAGGAUUUUUAAAUUUCUUUUUCACGCACACACACGUUGAAUUACCACCCUAUAGGAAAUAUAUUGUAAAAAUAAGCAUUGUAAAUUUUUUAAGUUAUAUUAUUUAAAAUUGUUAUUUAUUUUAAAUAAAAGAAUUGAUUAUUU